AUGACAGCAGUGAGGAGAAUACAAAAGGAACUCAGUGAGCUGAAUAACAAGCCCAUUCCCGGCGUGUCCAUUGACUACGAGGAAGACAACAUUUUGUCGUGGAAAGUGUCCAUGAAGGGGCCACCGGACAGCCCAUACAAAGGCGGAAAAUUCACGUUGGACGUAAAGUUUGACACCACGUUCCCAUUCAAGGCCCCUGAGGUAAAAUUCCUCACCAAAGUUUAUCAUCCGGGAAUAAACGAAGAGGGUGCGAUCUGCCUCCCCAUGCUCAAGGAUGAAUGGAAACCUGCAAUUACUAUGUCCAAAGUCCUCACUACGAUACUUGACAAACUUGGCCAUCCGAGCCCCGAUGAUCCGUUCAAUCCUGAUAUCGCUGCUGAACUCAAAGAAAAUGAAAGCAAAUUCAAGGCUACAGCGAAGGAGUGGACAAAAAAGUAG